AUGGCCGCUUUAUUGCUGCUCAACGAGACCACUGUUGCCAACCGCUCCAGCGGCGACAUCUCCAUUCACGACGUGAAGGGGUGGUCUUCGACGUUCAUCCAGCGUGAUAGCCAGACGGUCGUCACCGGCAGGGAGGAUUGGAUCCUGCAGAGGGGCUUCGUCUACCGCUUCUCCGGCGAAAUCAGCACCAACCCGGGCGACAUCGUGUCCAUCGUUCAAGAUGGCAAGGCGCUCACCCUGCACGUUCUUCGCCUCGACGGCAAGGUGGAAAAUUUCACGACAUUGGACGGCGAGCGCCCUCCUCAGGGUCUUACCGCGGAGUCCACCGAGGACCCGGCUCCGAACGUCAUAGUCACUUCGGAGGCUUUGGCGAAGGUC